AUGUCGCUCUCAAAGACUUUAAACCAGAGCGACAGCUAUUCUAACACCACCAUUACUUCGAAGCCACCGAAGCGGUCACAUCCAAGUCCCUCUGCUUUCGCUCAUGUCGUCCUGAAAACAACCGAGGACAACUAUCGGUGCAUGGUGGAUUUUUACCUGGACAUUCUACAGGCCGAGAUCAUACUCGAAGCAGAUUACUUUGCCAUGUUACGAUACGACUAUGAGCAUCACAGAAUAGCAAUUGUACGCAAACCGGAAAUUACGCCACAAGAGGCGAGCCCAUUCACAGCAGGACUUGACCAUACAUCCUACACGUACGCAACAUUGACCGAUCUAGCAAGGACAUAUCGUGCCCUAAAGGAGCGAGAAAACCCAGUCGUCCCAAUCUGGUGCGUCAAUCAUGGAAUGACCACGAGCAUGUACUACAGGGAUCCCGACGGCAACAAAGUCGAGCUCCAAGUGGACAAUUUCGACCUUCCCGAGGAGGCCGACCAAUUCAUGAGAAGUUCGUUGUUCGUGCAAAACCCGAUUGGUACCGACUUCGACCCAGAGGAAUGGUCCGCUGAGAUUCUGAGUAAGAUGCUGCCUGAUGGAAGCGAAGGACUGUCAAAGGAUGAGGUCAGGCGUAUCAAGACCAGAAAGGAAAUUGGUCCUCGGAAGACAACCCCCGAUUUCAUGUGA